GUAGGAACGCAAGGCGGUGAAAAAGUUAUGCCCGCUCGGUUGUUUACUUCCUCCCGUUUACUGCACUUGCUCUGUCUCUCCGGUCAAAAAUCCCAGCUCCGGCCACAAGCAGCUCUAUUUUCGCCCGCUGUUAGAGUCUCUCAGAAGCCCGGAUGAUACCAAGUUUGUCAAAUGGAUCAGAGGGCAAUGAUUGGCCAUAUUUUGUCUUUCGAGCUUCAGAUAAAUCUAAAGCUUGAUUCAUUGGGCAUUUGAGACAAUACGACCACCCAAAUAAAAAUGGUAUCUUGAUAUUACCUAAAACAAUGACAUGUUUGGACCCACCAAAUUGUGAACUUUCAAUCCUUUUGGAGAAGAUUGGCCACUAGUUAUUGGUGGUUGCUGUAGCUCUUAGCAUUAAGAGUUGUGCUGGAUUGUUUACUUAUCUGGAACUUCCCGGCCCAAGCAAGCGUUCUUUUAUGUUUGGUCUACAAACCUCAGAAGGUGAUAGCUGAUGGUGUCAGCAAUGUUUAUACUUCAUAAUUAGAUUUGGCUACUAAUAUACUUAUAUAUGCGAACGGUCUGGGAUGUGUGCAGUUGGAUAUGUAUAUAGGAAAGGGAUUGUUUUCUUAAUCUCUCUUGGGAAUUACAGAUUCUGUGUGUUGGGGGAGAAGCCGGCAGUUUGGUGUUUUGGAAGUUGGUUAUCUUUAUAGAUGAGUGAGAGCUUGAGCUUUCCACAUUUGCAAUACCUUCAUGAUAGUCAGGUUAAGCCUCCUGGUUGCUGCUACCAUUGCAGCGAUUGCAGCAAGGCAGCACAGCAUAAAAAACUCUGGUUCAUCAACCUCAACAGGCAGGCAUUCAGAAAAUGGUGAAGCAAACAGUAACCAUCAAAGCGAGAAGGAAGACGAAGAGCGACUUACAUAUUCUAAUGAUAGCCUCAGAGAAAAGCAUAAAGAAGAGGAGGAGGAGGAGGAGGAGGAGGAGGAAGACGAGGAAGAGGUUAAGUUGAUUAGCAGUGUUUUUAACCGUGCUAGUGAUAUCUCACCUGGUGAUAUCCAAGAUGAAGAUAUUUUACCUGAAUUUGAAGAUCUUUUAUCUGGGGAGAUUGAAAUCCCAUUACUUGUUAACAAGACAGAUACAAAAGAGAAGGACAUAUAUGAAACUGAGAUGGCAAACAAUGCAAGUGAGCUGGAACAUUUGCGUAAUCUGGUAAAGGAAUUGGAGGAAAGAGAAGUAAAGCUUGAAGGUGAAUUACUUGAGUACUAUGGAUUGAAGGAACAAGAAUCAGACGUUGAUGAAUUACAACGACAACUCAAGAUUAAGACAGUGGAGAUUGGCAUGCUCAAUAUUACUAUUAACUCUCUGCAGGCGGAGAGGAAGAAGCUUCAAGAAGAGCUUACACAGGGAGCUUCCGCCAAGAAGGAGCUAGAGGCAGCUCGGUACAAAAUCAAGGAAUUGCAGAGGCAGAUUCAGCUUGAUGCUAACCAGACAAAAGGCCAGUUACUGUUGCUCAAACAACAAGUAACUAAUUUACAGGCAAAAGAAGAAGAAGCGGUGAAAAAAGAUACUGAAAUUGAAAAGAAGCUGAACGCUGUGAAUCAAUUAGAGGUGGAAGUCAUGGAGCUUAAGAGAAAGAACAAAGAACUUCAAAUCGAAAAGAGAGAACUAAUCAUCAAGUUGGAUGCUGCUGAAGCAAGAGUAGCAACGCUCUCCAACAUGACGGAGACUGAAAUGGUUGCUAAUGUAAGAGAGGAGGUCAAUAAUUUAAAGCAUGCGAAUGAGGACCUAUCAAGGCAAGUGGAAGGUCUUCAGAUGAACAGGUUCAGUGAAGUUGAAGAGCUAGUGUACCUUCGUUGGGUGAACGCAUGCUUGAGGUAUGAGCUCCGGAACUAUCAGACACCUCAAGGAAAGGUAUCAGCUCGUGAUCUAAACAAGAAUCUGAGCCCCAAAUCGCAGGAGAAGGCCAAACAACUGAUGUUGGAGUAUGCAGGAUCAGAACGUGGGCAAGGGGAUACAGAUCUUGAGAGCAACUUCUCUCAUCCAUCCUCCCCUGGAAGUGAGGAUUUUGACAAUGUUUCUAUUGAUAGUUCUACGAGUCGAUAUAGUAGUCUCAGCAAGAAACCUAGUAUAAUGCAAAAGCUGAAAAGGUGGGGAAAAAGCAAAGAUGAUUCUAGCGUUCUUUCAUCACCAGCUAGAUCUCUCUCUGGAGGCUCUCCAAGCAGACCAAGUAUGAGCGUUCGACCAAGGGGCCCACUGGAAUCCUUGAUGAUAAGGAAUGCAAGUGAUGGUGUGGCCAUCACUACAUUUGGGAAGGUGGAUCCGGAACUUAAUGACUCCCCUCAAACUCCCACUCUUCCGAACAUUAGAACACAGAUAUCUUCAAGCGACUCACCUAAUUCUGUGGCAGCAUCUUUCCAGUUGAUGUCAAAGUCAGUUGAAGGAGUUCUAGAUGAGAAGUAUCCUGCUUACAAAGACCGGCAUAAGUUGGCCUUAGAGAGAGAGAAGCAAAUUAAGGAAAGGGCAGAGCAAGCAAGAGUAGAGAAGUUUGGUGACAAAUCAAGUGUAAAUUUGAGCUACGAGCCUAGACCCAAGGCUGAAAAGGAGAGAUCAGUAGCUUUACCACCAAAACUUGCCCAUAUCAAGGAGAAGGCAGUUAUUUCCAGCGAUUCAAGCAACCAAACUAAUGAUGGUAACGCUGUUGAUCCUCAAUCAAUAACCAAGAUGAAACUUGCCCAAAUUGAGAAGAGGCCUCCUAGGGUACCUCGCCCGCCUCCUAAAGCAUCUGGAGGUACCCCUGUUGGUAUAACUUCCGGUCCGCCAAGUAGAGUACCACCUACUCCACCUGGUGGCCCACCACCACCACCACCACCACCUGGUGGACCACCUCGUCCACCGCCUCCGCCAGGAAGCCUGCCUAAGGGGGGAAGCAGUGGUGAUAAAGUACACCGUGCGCCUGAGCUGGUUGAAUUCUAUCAGUCAUUGAUGAAACGUGAAGCCAAGAAGGAUACAUCGUCUUUAAUAUCUUCAUCAUCUAAUGUAUCUGAUGCGAGGAGCAAUAUGAUUGGGGAGAUUGAGAACAAAUCAUCAUUCCUUUUAGCUGUGAAAGCUGAUGUAGAAGCUCAAGGUGGUUUUGUCAUGUCGUUGGCAGCUGAAGUUCGAGCAGCUUCCUUCACAAACAUAGAAGAUCUUGUAGCAUUUGUGAACUGGCUAGAUGAAGAGCUCUCCUUUUUGGUUGACGAAAGGGCUGUCCUCAAGCACUUUGAUUGGCCUGAAGGAAAAGUGGAUGCACUAAGAGAAGCAGCUUUUGAGUACCAAGACUUGAUGAAAUUGGAGAAACGAGUCUCCACUUUUGUUGAUGAUCCCAAACUCCCAUGUGAAGCUGCUCUGAAGAAGAUGUAUUCGUUGCUUGAGAGGGUGGAACAGAGUGUAUAUGCUCUCUUGCGUACAAGGGACAUGGCUAUUUCUCGGUGCAAGGAGUUUGGAAUUCCAGUUGAUUGGUUAUUGGAUUCAGGGGUUGUUGGCAAGAUCAAGCUCUCAUCUGUGCAAUUGGCAAGAAAGUACAUGAAACGUGUAGCUUCGGAACUUGAUGCAUUGAGUGGACCUGAGAAGGAACCAAACAGAGAGUUUACACUACUUCAAGGCGUUCGUUUUGCUUUCCGAGUUCAUCAGUUUGCUGGAGGAUUUGAUGCAGAGAGCAUGAAGGCGUUCGAAGAGCUAAGGGGACGUGUCCAUGGACAAACAGAAGAAACUAAUCAGGAAUCUUGAUUUAUUUGAAAUUUUUUCUUUAUCUGUCCUCUUGUCUCUUUUAUCUGCUGUUAAAUUUCAUCGUUGCCGCUUAAUGUCGUAAAAUAUCACACCAAAGAUCCUCCCCUACACUGCAUUUCACAGAUAUUUGUAUGUUCAAUAUCACACCAAAGAUGCCAAAAAUGUGCGCCAAAAACCAGAAAUAAAAUUGUCAGCAAGAAGGUAUAGUUUAGCAUA